AUGGCGUCUCCUACCACAUCAGAAGAUACCCUCUCGCCAGUCUCGACCCGGUCCUCGACCAAGUCCAACAUGAAGAUCGCCAUGCCGCCGCCACCGUCAGCAUUCGUGCACCCCAGUCCUGCAUACAUCAUCGCGUCGACGCCCUCGCCAGCCCAAAACCCCGCCGACGCUUCCUGGCAUCCUCAGGGCCACCACCACAGCCACAUCCACAUCGCGACGCCGCACCCCUUGGCCGCCGCCACCAACUUCUUGGACAAGCACGUCCCGCUGUUCGCCAAACACCACGCCGAGUUCUCUGCCCAGCACGAGAUCCGCGCCGCCAAGAGAGAAGCCCGUCACAGUCUGGUCGAGUCGCCCAUCCCGGAGAUCGACGCCGAGUCCAUCAUGUCGGCCAAUGGGGGCGCCGUCGGGGCUGCCAUCCACAGCGCCACAGCCAUGGGCACGGCCGCCGCCUUGAGCGAGGAGUCUCACCACGCCCUCGACCCGGCAGCCUGGAACGAGGUGCUGGCCAAGCGUGAGGCCGCCCGGUUGAGGUCGGGCUCCAACAUGACCCGCAACAGCGAGCGAUUCUCCCACGAGAUCGGCAGCGACUCCGAGUCCAAGAACUCGAGCUCGCCAGCCAUCACGCCUUAG